AAUUCACGUUGGCUUCACACAAUUUUCUAGGAUAUAAUUUGAUUUGUUUGCUUUCAUUUAUGGCAAUUGAACCCAGUCAUAAUUAAGAAAAGCAUUGCUUAAUAUUAUGUAAAAUCACAAACAGAGUAUAGCUAUAGAAAGCUAUAGAAUAAAAUAUUUCUGUUAAACAGCUCAAGAGUUUGGCUUAGUGUUAUUGGGUAGUUCCAAAUGGUAUUUAUUUUGAUAAAAUCAAAACUAUAUUUUGAAUUAUGAUGUGAACCAGCUUGAUAAUACUGUAGGGUUUUUUUCAUGCAUGGCUUUGCUAGCCAUAAAUACUGAAAUGGCUAAUUGCUUAAUUUGGCUGUUUAAACAGGAAAUAAUUGGUUUAAAAAAAAAUCCUGUCCUGAAGACAGAAUGUGCAUUAUCAUUACUAUAUAUCUGAUUGCUAUCUCUUGAGAAUCUACUCUUUCUUCAAAUCUGCUCCACUGUCAUUAAAAAUUUUGGCUUCUGAAUCCCAUUCUGAUUCUUAAUCGAUAGAAUAAUUUCUUCAUAUCGCCUCAACAUUUCUAAAUGGAGAAUAAUUAUGAAUGAUAAUCAGGAAGAUGUUUCUGCAACUUGUGCUGAGUUCUUUUACCAUGUUGCUCAUGUUCUGUUUUGGUGUUUUUGUUUUUGUUUUGUAGGAGUUUUACGAUCUUUUUGCUCUUUGGUCCCUUCAGUCUACAGUGGCUCAUGCACUGUAACUCCAAUUUAUCGACUGUCUUCCUUUCAUAUUUCUCAGAGUCAGAUAUCCACAAGUUCUAUCAAAAAACCUUUUUUAUCUUUAGCCAGUCCUUCAUCUGGACUUUCCUUUUCUAUAACAAACAGAGUGGCACCUCUGCUUCAGAAUAUCCUUCAUCAGCAAGUAAGGACAGUCAUCAGUUUCAGCUUGCGAAAAGGAAAAAGAAAAACUGUGAAACCAGUGAUUAAGAGAUUUCUCCGGUUGCACUGUGGCCUCUGGCUAAGAAGAAGGGCUGGCUACAAGAAAAAAGUGUGGAAAAAAAAGGCUAACCGGAUGAAACGCUUGCGGGAACAUGUAUUCUGCAACAAAACACAAAGUAAGAUGCUUGAUAAAAUGACUACUUCUUUCUGGAAAAGAAGAACAUGGUACGCCAAUGAUCCCUAUCAGAAAUAUCAUGAUCGUACAAAUUUUCACUUGUGAAUUGUGAACUGCAAUUAAUCACUUUAUCCUACUUUUUUAGUAAUCAUGUAGGAAGCUUCUAUUAAAUUACUUACGUACAAUAACA